ACAAAAAUUUACAAAUAUACACCGAAUAUAUUUUUUGACGUAACAAUUUUUCAGCAUAUUUUUUUUUAAGUUCACCCAACAUCUAACAUCCUACCUCCUAUCAGGAUGUCCGAUAUAAUGGAGCUAUCAGAUGAUAUCUGUCAUAUAUUUUGUAAAUAUAAGGAAAAACAAAAAGCUGAUCUUUUCCGUACGCUCAAUGAUGUCAAGUGCUGUGAAUGCGGUCAUCAGUCGCGUAUUCGAAAUGUCCAAAAUAAAGUAUGCGUUUAUCGUAGAAUGACAUUAUUCUAUCAAUUAAUUUUGGCGAUACUAACGUUAUUGCUCUUGAUGACCUGUUAUGCAUUGUGGGCGGCUAGACGUUAUAAUCACGUGCGGCUGUUUGGGACAGGAGCAUGUGCGUCAACUUUCUUGUGGACUUAUAACGAUUGUAUUGUAGCUCAUUAAAAUUCUUAUUUGCUAUAUAUAUAUAUAGCAAACAUAUAUGGAUGUAUUUAUGUAUGCAGUAGUAUAAAAAAAAAUCAGUUACUACUUGUACUGCAGUGAAAAUAUGAAGUAAGUAAGGCAUAUGCAAUCAAGCA